AUGGGUUGCGGAUUAAGUACAGAAGAGAAGGAGAAGAAAGCCCGAAACGAAGAAAUUGAAAAUCAGCUCAAACGAGAUAAGAUUCUGCAGCGCAAUGAGAUCAAGAUGCUCCUGCUUGGAGCUGGUGAGUCUGGAAAAUCAACCAUCCUGAAACAAAUGAAGCUCAUACAUGAGGGCGGCUAUUCACGCGAUGAGAGAGAGUCUUUCAAGGAAAUAAUAUUCAGCAAUACCGUACAAUCGAUGCGUGUUAUUCUUGAGGCCAUGGAAUCACUUGAGCUACCUCUUGACGAUCAAAAAGCCGAAUACCACGUUCAGACGAUUUUUAUGCAGCCCGCGCAAAUUGAAGGCGACAAUCUCCCUCCAGAAGUCGGAACUGCCAUCUCAGCGUUAUGGACAGAUGCCGGGGUUCAAGAUUGCUUUAAAAGGUCAAGAGAAUAUCAAUUAAAUGACUCUGCAAGAUAUUACUUUGAUAACAUCGAUCGAAUUGCUCAACCAGAUUACAUGCCAAAUGACCAAGAUGUGUUGCGAUCUCGUGUAAAGACGACUGGUAUAACUGAGACCACAUUCAUUAUUGGGGAUCUCACAUACCGUAUGUUUGAUGUGGGAGGCCAAAGAUCGGAGCGGAAGAAAUGGAUCCAUUGUUUCGAGAACGUCACAACCAUAUUAUUCCUGGUCGCUAUCUCUGAAUAUGAUCAACUUCUAUUUGAAGACGAGACAGUCAAUCGUAUGCAAGAAGCUCUAACGCUGUUCGAUUCGAUCUGUAACUCCCGGUGGUUUAUCAAGACCUCCAUCAUUUUGUUUCUGAACAAAAUAGAUCGCUUUAAGGAGAAACUUCCUAUCAGUCCCAUGAAAAAUUACUUUCCAGAUUUUGAAGGCGGCGAUGACUAUGCUCUAGCGUGUGAUUAUAUAUUAAAUCGUUUUGUUAGCUUGAACCAUCACGAAACUAAACAAAUAUAUACACAUUUUACGUGCGCCACAGAUACUACUCAAAUCAGAUUUGUCAUGGCAGCUGUUAAUGACAUUAUUAUUCAAGAAAAUCUCCGGCUUUGCGGUCUUAUUUAG